AAGGAAGUUGCUCAAGUUUUACACAAAAUAUCGAUGGAAGAAAUAAAAUUCCAACAGGAGAGGUGGAUGUCAAAGUUAAAAGAUAGUUCGCUGAAUACCCAGCAUAGAACUGGACAUACUGAACAUGUCCAGAUUGAAGACGAAGCAAUGCUUAUUGUCAACAGUAAAUUAAAACAGUUGAUGAAGGAGAUUGCUACAUACACGGUCCCUGUAGUACAAAAGGCAUACAUGGAAGUAUACUGGUCAGAGAGUUACACUAAAGGUAUCAAACCAUUUAUUUUGGAGUGUAUCUUCAUUUGUUGGAUGAUGAUAGUCCAGUCACCGCCAAUGGCACUACACUAUUGCGAAACUGGGUCAAGGUUUGACAAAAACCUCUACAGAGAAUACAUGACAUCCGGAAGUCGAGUCAAUUUUAUGGUAUGGCCCGCACUUUUGUUGAAUGAAGGUGGAGCUUUACUUUGUAAAGGUGUUGCAGAAAGCAUAAAAGUCCAAAUGGAGAGGAAGUGAACGUUUCCCUCGUUUAUGUAUUUAAGAAGCAAGAUGCAUGAAGAACCUUCAUAGAUAUACAUUCGGAAAAUGAUGAUUAUUCCAUAAAAUAUAUGAGUUUAGUUGUCAAAUGCCAUGUCGUUUAGUGAUUGUAUUGUUUGUUCUGUUGUUAUAAACCAUUUCCGUCAAAGAUUUCACAAAACUUGACUCCUGUGCCCUUUGACUUUAUGGGCCCACUGGUUAUUGUUACUGGGUCGUGUGGGGGUAGCGUUCAUUGAACGCCGCCUUUUCUUGUUCAUCUCUUUUACGGGAAACUACUUUCAUUUUGAGUAUAAAUUGACCGAUCUUUUAAUUAAAAUAGCAAUACUGAAAAGAAAACGGAAAAAGAUAAAUGAAAGAUAAAGAUAACUAAAUAAGAUAACCAUAUAAAGAAAAGAUAUAAGAAAACCGAUAACUGGAUUAUAAAAAAGUACAGGUAUGAAAAUAACAGCGUAAAUUUUAUAUUUUAUAUUGAUUUUAUAUCGAUUAUGAAUUUGCUUAAAG